AUGGUAAAAGAGGAACCCUGCAAGGUGGAUGAUUUACCUUCAAGAAAAAUAUAUAACCAUUUCAAGAGGGGCAAUCAGGAAUGUAAGGAUAUCAGUUCCUGGGAAAAAAGCAUAGUGAGUAUUUUACAGGGUAAAUGGAAAGAAAACUGGGGAUUUAGUACAUGUGCCACUAAAAUUGCGAAUACUUGGUGCCUUUUAACUAAUGUCAUUACAGAGAAGGAGGAUCAACCAUUACCAUCACCACAACCAUGCAAAGAGGAGUUGUGUAACUUUUUUUAUUUUUGGUUAGGGUCCGAACUAGAAGGAAAAUUAAAAUCAACUUUUCUACUUAAAGAUGUUAUACAAAAAAUCUAUAAUACGUUGGAAGGGUCCAACAACGAACCAUGUGCUCAAAGUUUUUUGAGCAGUACCAUGAGCACAGAAUUUUUAUAUCACAGAAAAAAAGUAUUUGACUAUUACCAUGACUACCGAACCAUAUGGAAACAAAUAAAGCAUAAUUCUCAAUCAGGAAUGUCUUCUUCUUGCACUACUGCAUAUGACACCUACCUGAAUGGAGAUAAGAAAAUUGUUGGAGAUGGUGGAGCUAAAGACGCUUAUAAUCAAGUAAGUGCAAAUUGUGGCAGUGAGACUCAAAAUCAUGAUGACUUCUGUAGAAAAUUUUGGGACAAAUUGAAAAAUGGUGAGAAAAAAAUUCCAGAACCAUCAAAAUUGAAAGAACAAGCACAGUCUGGAGCAGGCCCCCAAUCAGAUGGGGAGGAGGAAGGAGAGGAAGAAACCAACCUGACUAAUUGCUUAACACAGUUGCUUUCACAACCUUCAGAACUUGCUGCUCCACCAUCAUUACCACAACAGGUGGAGGGUAGUGCUGCUUCUCCCAGCAGCAGAAGCAUCACCCCUAUCGUCUCUUCUGCAUUAUCCGUAGUGGGAUUACCAGCACUUGGUUUUCUUUUAUACAAAUAUACCAAUUUAUUUUCUGACUUACGUAACAAUCUCCUUAGAAGUAACGAUAACAUUAGUAGAAUUAGGAGGAAAAAAAGAGCAACAACAACAACAAUUGAGCAUAACAUUGAUACCCUAACAGAAAGUGAUUCCAUAAUAACAACAGACUCUACAUUAGGUGACUCCACAUUCGAAUCAACAAUAAAUGACUCAACAAUAGCUGAUUCCACAACAGAUUUGUCAACAACAGAAGAUGCAUCUAUCAUAUAUAAUGAGUUACCACUUAGAAGAAGAGCAGGAAGUAGGAAAAAUAAUAGUAAUAUGAAGAGGGAGCAACAACAGCAACGAAUACAAAGAAAUAUAAGUUAUGGACGUAUGUAA